AUUCCGGCUUUGCAGGAAUUAAACUCAUUCAGCCUGUACUUUAAAUGUUGUACGAGAUACACCAUGGUCAUUUGUGCUGAAUCAAAUUGUACUUACACAUGAAGAUUGACUCCUUUUUGAAGCUAUAAUGGAGGAUCAUUUAGAUUUGAACACUAUUGGUGAUCCACUAGAGAACAAUACACCAAUCAAACAAGAGAAAAAUCUGAAUGACUGGAAAAAGGGAAGUAGGCUACUUUCUGGAUUGGUGGGCUGCAAUGUCUUGCUCUUUAGCGGUGCUUUGCUAACCUGUGUGUUCGUUGAGGACAUUGAUAUCUUUGAAAAAGGCUUUUUCAUAUUUCUAACUACCAUGAUGGCCAUCUGUAUUUUGUGGAUGCUUUUCCAAAUGUACUUCACCUGGAGGAAUAAAAAUGCAGUUCUGUAUAAAGAUUGCCAGGCAGGUCCAAUAUGGAUGAGAGCGGGAAUCAUUUUCUUUGGUGUUGGUGCACUUAUUAUGACUUCUUUAAAGAUUGCAUACACAGCUGAGUACAAGGACUGUGUAACACCCUUAAAAAUUAUACAACCCGUCAUGCAGGGUCUCUUCAUCAUUGUUCAGACAUGUUUUCUUUGGCUGUCCUGCAAACAUUGUGUCCAGAUCUAUUCAAAUGUUACCAGGUGUUUUCUUAUGGUCCUGCUGGCAGUAAAUCUGACUAUCUGGAUUAUCACGGUAACUGAAGAAUCCAAACAUCAAACAAAUGAACUACAGGAGUACUUGUACAGAAAUCAUUCACAGGAGCACUUGUACAGAAAUCAUUCAGAGGAGCACUUGUACAGAAAUCAUUCACAGGCGCACUUGUACAGAAAUCAUUCAGAAACAAAAAGUCAAGAUGCGGAGGAAAAUGUGAACAGCUGUGGAUGCUCAUACAAAUGUGCAGUUGACAAAACCUUUUUUAUUUACUUGUACCCUUUCACUAUUGAGUACAACCUCUUUGCUGCAGCAAUGAUCUAUAUAAUGUGGAAGAAUGUAGAACGCAAGAUUGAUGAAAAUGCUUUAUUCCACCAUGGACUUGGGCCAGGGGUUCGUCAACACAUUCCACUUCUGGGCCUUUUUUCUGGUUUGGCCAUUCUGAUUACAGGCCUAGUAAUGUUUAUCUUGUAUGAAGUGGGAAAGGACAAUCCUCAAAAAAACUGGCUAUCAUUGACUACUUUCUACUGCUUUCAAUUGUUCAGCCUUGCACUCAUGUGUCUGGCUAAUAUGGUUGGGAUUAUUAUUUUUAGGCUGGAUAAGAGAAACAUGGACAAUCAAAAGAACCCAAGUCGGACCUUAGAUACGGUUCUACUAUUGUUGGCAUCAUUAGGCCAAUAUGGAUUUUCUUACUAUUCUAUUAUAGCCAUGGUAUCCACAGUUCCCUUUGUCCUCAUGUGUGGGUUAACCCUUUCCUAUUCUCUGCUGCUAAUUGUUCAACACUCUCUUCAAAAUGCUUUUAUAAUAGAAGGCCUGCACCGUCUUCCUCCCUCCAACUUACUUAAUGCUCAUCCGGGAACAAGUCACCCUAGGGCUGUGGAACAACACGAUCCUUUAAGACGUAGAAGUGUGCCAGAGAAAGAAAGCAGAUUGUCCAUAACAAGCCCUCCAAGAAUGUCGAGAAGAGAAACCCUGACUCAUAACAUUAAGAGCCAUCUGAAGAAAAGAAAAACAAUGAAGGACGUUUACUUGUUUCUCUUCCUCUGUAACCUUAUUUUCUGGAUAAUGCCAUCCUUUGGAGCUCGGAUCAGAUUUGACACAGGAUUGGAAGUGAAUUUUUAUGGAUUUUCUAUGUGGGCUAUAAUUACCAAUAUUUGCCUUCCCUUCGGAAUUUUUUACCGGAUGCACGCUGCUGCCAGUCUACUAGAACUAUACAGCAUGGCGUAGAAGGUCUACAAUAUUUGCCGCUGUCUGGAAUACAAGACUUUUCUGUCCCAACAAAAACUUGCAUAAGUAGCUAACGUGUCAAAAGACUUUGAAUUUCAAAAGAGAAGAAUCUGUUCAGAUGGAAAGGACUUGUGAAAAUAAGGACCUUGUUUGAAGUAUUUUAGAGCCACUGGUUGAGUUGUCACUGGUCUAGAGCACAUUGUUUUCUUUUAGUCAAUACUUUGUACAAUUUUUUCUGCAAGCAUUGGUCCUGUCAACGAGCAGUUCUUAUAACGGGUCUUACUGGUAAGUUCUUUUGGUGGGAUUGAUCUAAAGAGGCAUGCUUAAAAAGCUAUACUAUACAAUGAUGUUUUGCUUAACUAUUCAUUAUUGUACUCAUAUACACUGUGAAUGUGUUUAAUAUUGUCCCACUAAAUUAAGACAUUUGUUUUAAUGUAUUGAUAGGUUUAAUGUUUGAUAGCUAAAAGAAGCUUAGAUUUCUGAUAUUUACAACCUUUAACAACAACUUCACUGUCUAGAAUGUUUAAGUGAAUAGUGGAUUAUUGCUGAAUUGUAUUUUGCAUACUUUAUGCAACCAAAAUAACUUAACUAUAAAUGUAAUGCUAAUAAAGUUAUUAUAGAUUUA